AUGCUCCUCCGCGCCGCGCUCGCCGCGCUGUCCCCGCUGCUGCGCGCUCCGCCCGCCGCCGCCGCCGCCGCCGCCGCCAUGAGCACCGGCACCUUCGCCGUGUCGCAGCCGCUCAACUACCGCGGCGGGACCCGCGUGGAGCCCGCCGACGCCUCGGGCACCGAGCAGGCGUACGAGCCGGCCACGGGCCGGGUGAUAGCUACUUUCACAUGUUCAGGAGAAAAGGAGGUAAAUUUGGCUGUUCAAGAUGCAAAGGCCGCCUUUAACGUGUGGAGAAAGAAGUCUGGCAUGGAGCGCUGCCGGAUCCUUUUGGAGGCUGCCAGGAUCAUAAGGGAACGGAAGGAGGAGAUUGCCACCACGGAGACCAUCAAUAAUGGCAAGUCAGUGUUUGAGGCCCGCUUGGAUGUUGACACUUGCUGGCAGUGCCUCGAGUACUAUGCAGGCCUGGCUGCAUCCAUGGCAGGUGAACACAUCCAGCUCUCAGGAGGAUCCUUUGGUUAUACCAGAAGAGAACCACUUGGGGUCUGUGUGGGCAUCGGAGCAUGGAACUACCCCUUCCAGAUUGCGUGCUGGAAGUCGGCCCCGGCUUUGGCCUGCGGGAACGCCAUGAUCUUUAAGCCUUCUCCCUUCACGCCUGUGUCGGCUUUGCUCCUGGCUGAGAUCUACACCCAGGCUGGCAUGCCCCCUGGGCUCUUCAAUGUGGUGCAGGGCGGGGCUGCCACAGGCCAGUUUCUGUGCCAGCAUCGCGAUGUGGCCAAGGUCUCCUUCACUGGCAGUGUGCCCACUGGCACAAAGAUCAUGGAGAUGUCGGCUAAAGGAAUCAAACCCGUGACCUUGGAACUUGGGGGCAAGUCGCCUCUCAUCAUCUUCUCAGACUGUAAUAUGGAGAAUGCUGUGAAGGGGGCGCUGAUGGCCAACUUCCUCACGCAAGGCCAGGUUUGCUGUAAUGGAACAAGAGUAUUUGUGCAAAGGGAGAUUCUUGAUAAGUUUACAGAAGAAGUUGUGAAAAAAACCCAAAAGAUAAAACUUGGAGACCCCCUUCUGGAAGAUACCAGAAUGGGUCCACUCAUCAACCGCCCACAUCUGGAGCGAGUCCUUGGCUUUGUUAAACUAGCAAAGGAACAGGGUGCCAAAGUGUUAUGUGGUGGAGAUCUCUACGUACCUGAAGAUCCCAAAUUAAAAGAUGGAUAUUACAUGAGACCUUGUGUUUUAACCAAUUGCAGCGAUGAUAUGACCUGUGUGAAAGAAGAGAUCUUCGGGCCAGUUAUGUCCAUUUUGUCAUUCGACACUGAAGCUGAGGUUCUGGAACGGGCCAAUGAUACCACUUUUGGACUGGCAGCCGGUGUCUUUACCAGAGACAUCCAGCGGGCUCACAGGGUGGCAGCUGAGCUUCAGGCUGGAACGUGCUACAUUAACAACUACAAUGUCAGCCCGGUGGAGUUGCCUUUUGGUGGAUAUAAGAAGUCAGGAUUUGGCAGAGAGAAUGGCCGUGUGACGAUUGAAUAUUACUCACAGCUUAAGACAGUGUGCGUGGAGAUGGGUGACGUGGACUCUGCCUUUUGAAAACCCGCUGGGAAGCCUGCCCACACGACAACGUGGGAUACUGAGAACCGGCUGUCAUGACAGAGCAUCGUCAAUCCAGACUGCUGCUCGCUCUGGAUGAGAGAAUGGGGCAGUGUCGUCCAUCUUCCAGGCACCUUUCUUACUGAAAUUGUGCAUAAGUGCCUUUAGACACUAACCAGAGAAAGUUGCUUGUCCUCCAAGCACGUUUCUGUGAAAUCUUUAAAUGCCAACAAUGCACUGCUCCAAAUAAUAGGCAGGCCAGGAUUAUAUUUCCUCUAUGCAUCUGACCCACUAGCAAUGUUAACUUUCUAGCUUAUUUUAAAGAAAUUAUUCUUGUGUAGGCUCCUCAUAGAAUCAGUAGAGAUGCUAUCUGCUGGUUGACAUUUUUCACACAUCCUAAUCAGCACUCAUACCCCUAGACCAGUGAGGAGCUAUCUCGUUAACUUUUUGUUGGUUUGUUUUCAAGGUAGGCUCUCACUCUAGCCCAGGCUAACCUGGAACUCACUUAUAUGGGGCUAGUUUUGUGCAGAACUUUUUUUUUAAGCACCUACUUCAUAUUUACUUAUUUG